CGCUUCACUCUCAGUUUCGAUUCGCGCGUUAAGUGAAUAACCACACACUUAGUGUCUGCUAUACGACUGGAAGCGCUUGUGUAGCCUGCUAUACGACUACAAGAGUUAAUUAGGCAAAAUGUGCGGAGAUAUGGGCAAAGCCGUGCUGAGGGCGCUGACUGGAGCGCUGCUCUGUGGAUUGGCGUCAGAUGCGUAUGUGCAGGAAGAGCAGUUCUACCACCAACAGGCGAUUCGUCCACAGAGAGAAUACAAGACAGAAUUACUGCACGAUCGCUACCAGCUCUUCCCGUACAACUUCCAGCCUCACCAGUCGGUCUACCGCAAGCCUUUGAGAGAGCAUGAGAAGCCCCAAGAUCUCCGCAACGUGCCUGGAGUGCCUGGCGUAGACUUCCCCAUCUACCAUGAAGUGCCGGACACAAGUUUCUCAUGCGACCACGUGCCGGUCAGGCCGGGCAUGUACGCUAACGUUGAGACUGGCUGCCAGGCGUACCACAUCUGCCACGACGGCCGCGAGGGUCACCAGGGGGCCGCGCUGCUCUGCACCAACGGAACACUCUUCAACCAGGAGAAGUUCACCUGCGACUGGUGGUACAAUGUGGACUGCUCGCAGGCUAUUCACCACUAUAGAUUGAACGCUGAUCCGCUAAAGAACCCAUACGUGCCUAAGCCCAAGCAAGAAGAAAACGUGCCUUACUACGGGCACCACCACGCCUAAGGCUUUCAAAUUAAUAAUUGUGUCUGAUAAGUUAAUUUACCAACAAAUAAACAGCCCUGUAAUUAAGAAAACCAUUUUUGUAAAAGAAAUUAAAGUUUCUAAUGUUUAAGGCUGGGUUAUACUAUCUUUCUUUAACUAUAACAAACGUCAAGUCUGUCAAACUACAUACAAAAACACUGGUUAAAGUUAUAAUUACGGUUGAAGUUAAAGUGGUGCAACUCAGCCUGAAUGAAAAAUCUAUAGUGAA